AUGUCUUCACUAAAUACUUCUGGACGUCCAACUGGAUUUAUCACAAUUCCAAUUGAAAUAGUUCCUACAUCAAAUUCAACUAAUACAAAUUCUCAUCAUUCUUCAUUUCGUACAAUUCAUCAUGAUAAUUCUUAUAAUGAUUUUUCAAAAUCUCCACCAUGGAAAAAAUCAUCGAUAAAUACGUAUUCCAAAGGUCGUUUACGACCACGUCAAACUUUAACUACUGCAUAUGAUCGUUUAAUAAAUAAUUCUCAAUUGAAUCAACCAUAUAAAGAUCCAUUUUUUCAUGAAAUAUAUCAAGAACCACAAUAUCAUCAUUUUCAACAUCGAACAUAUGAACCAAAUUCUUUACAUAUAAGUCGUUCAAGUGAAGAUCUUCUUUCAUUACCAAAUGAUUCUAUAAAUUCAAAUAUUCAAUCAAAAAAUAUUUCACAUUAUUCAUCAAUAUUUAAUAAUAAUGGAUUUCAACAUGAUUCAGAUUUUAUGCAACCAAACAAAUAUACAAAUUCUCUUCGACGAUCAUAUGAUGUACUUAAUGAUAUUCCAAAUACAAAUAAAAAAUUUUCAAUAAAUCAACAAUAUCCAUCCGAACAACAAUCUUAUUAUCGACCAACUUAUGUUACUGAAACGACUAUUAAUCCAAAUGUUGUUUAUUCAACUGAACAUCAUAUACCAAUAAUUCAAGAAAUAAUUAAUAGUUCACAUGAUCGUUCACGUUCACCAGCUUCUCAACGUGAUGAAUCACCAAUUCGUCCCUCACCAUCAGCAUUCAAACAACCACAAGAAUCCGAUUUUAAAGUAACGAAAGAUGCCACUAGUCAAAUGGCAGGACAAACUACAGUACCAUCAUCAUUAUCGAAUGAUCAACAAGUUCCAUCGAAUGAUACACCUGUAUCAACAAAUAUUUCUUCAACUCCUCCUAUACGUGAUUCCAAUACAAUUGCUUUAGAAAAACUUGAACAAAUCAAACAAAAUUUAAUUAAUUUAAAUCAACAAGUUGAUGCAUUCAAUGGUGCAACACGUGAUGAUCGUAUAUAUAAAGAACUUGAUGAAGAAGCAUUAAAAAUGAUGAUACGUUGUGAUGAAUUAAUUGAUGUUAGUAUUGAUAUAAAAGAAAAACGUAAAGAAAUGAUACGCAAUGUACAAACAGUUCUUGCUAAACUUGAAUCUAAAGUACCAAUUAAUUCAACUAUAGUAAAUAAUUGUAAUCAAAUGGAAAUUGCAAUUGUUGUUUAUGAAUCAUCAUCAACAAAUAAUAUUGAACAACAAAAAUCUUCAGAAAUUCAAAAUGAAGAAACCUCAGUAGAACGAACUACAUAA